AUGGCGUCACACGGGAGAAAAAGGAAGAACUACGAUGAUCGAGGCGACCGGAAUGACCUGUACGAUCGGAGUGACAGGCACGAUCGAAGUGACAGGUACGAUCGAAGUGACCGGCACGAUCGAAGUGACAGACACGAUCGAAGUGACCGGCACGAUCGAAGUGACCGACACGAUCGGAGUGACCGACACGAUCGAAGUGACCGACACGAUCGAAGUGACCGGCACGACCGGAGUGAUCGCCAGGACAAGGAAAUAAUUUACGACCAAAUAUAUUCCACGCCAAGGAAGAACAAGCCAAGGUGCAUGGUCGUGUCAAACUAUAAGGAUAACCUGUUGAGUUACUUCGAAAGCAUUAUACACAUCGAAAAUAGUGGACCAAAUUUUAGCAACAAAUGGUAUAUACAUUUUUACCGAGUCUGUUUGUAUAAUGAGAAGCUGUAUGCUGGUGGCUCCGCGGCGACAACAGAUGGGGGAGGAGCUGGAGGAACUAAUGGAAAGAAUAACACAAAUGUGAGUAAAAAAAAUAUCGACAAAUUGAUCAUAGAAUAUAAUGUGGAGGAAGUCCUUCGGAAGGUUCAAACUUUAGUUGUCAGAAAAUUAGAUUGUGAAAAUUUGUACUAUCAGAAAAUUUUGAAACACGUGAAUGUAAAGACGCUGAGGCAUUUGGAAGGAGAAGAAGAAGAGGAUGAAGGGGGAGAGACAAUAACCACCAAGGAAGCAGGUGCACAGUUAGCUAAUGAACGCUCUGAAGGGGAUCAGAAAAAUGAGAAAAAAAACUCUCGAGUGAAGGAGUCAAAAAAGAGGUCAAGAACAACAUCUGUAGCUGCAAACUCGUCUAAUUAUGGAGAUGAUGAUUAUGAUGAAAUAACGAGCAAUCGGAGGGGAAGUAGCAAAUAUGAAGCAGAAACAGAAAUAGAUGUGAGGAAAAAAAAAAAUUUGAGACAAAAAAAUUUCCAAAAUGAAAGUCAAAAGAAUUACUACAUCAUAGAAUUUAAAAAUUUACUUUUUAAUGAAAAAAAAAAGUUUAACAAUAUUAUCACAUUACCAAUUUUAUUAUACACAAGUAUUGGUACUCAUCUGAAUUUGCGAGGUACAAUAUUUUUGUUUGGUUUUUAAAUGAGUGCCAGCAAUAGCAGUUAUCAUAUGCCUGGCGCUGGAGUGGGUACUUCCAAUUCUAACUACAACAAUGGCGAUCAUCACUUUGAAAAUGGUGUGUUAGAUUAUCCGAACCUUAAAAAUAGGAAUAGACAGUUGGGGGGGGGAUUCCCCGAUGCCACUAAUAUGGACAAUAAAAACAAAUCUUCAAAUGGAGAAAAUAUUAACAAGGUUAACACUUUCAGUCCUUUCGUAAGUUCCGCCAAUGUGGGUAACUCAGGUGGUAUUGGCAACACUAGCUUUUUUGGUGCUCCUGCUAGCAGUGCUCCCCUUGGCGGCAUGCAAACCUCGACCCCAAACGUGACUGCCUCGCUCGGCAACAACGGUAGCGGCAACAAUGGUAGCGGUAACAACGGUAGCGGUAUCAACAGCAGCAGCAACAACAACCUAUUCAAAGGAUUUAACCAAAGCAAUAACAUAUUUAGUAGCAACAAAGGUAAUGAAAGCAGCCUAUUCAGGAAGAGCAGCAAUACCAACCCGUCCAGCAACACCAACCUGUUCAGCAACACCAACCCGUCCAGCAACUCCAACCUGUUCAGCAACACCAACUCGUCCAGCAGCACCAACCUCUUCAGCAACAACAACCCGUCCAACAACUCCAACCUGUUCAGCAACACCAACACGUCCAGUAACUCCAACCUGUUCAGCAACACCAACCCGUCUAGCAAUUCCAACCUGUUCAGCAACACCAACCCGUCCAGCAACAGCACAUCUGCGCCAACGUCUCUCUUUGGAGGUUCUCUAAACAGUAAUUCGAUAAUGCACCCCUCCGGUAAUAGCACCUUGCCAAAAUUUAACAACGCCUUUUCUGGAGGUCUGAACGCGCAAGAUAACACCAGCGCCAAAGGCCCAAACCCCAGCGGUAACAACCCCCUCUCAGGGAGUAUAUUUGGAAUGAAGAGUAGCCUAACUAGCAAUAACAGCUUCGGCAAUCAAAACAGUAGUACCCUUGGCAACAGUCUUAUGAAUAAUCUGUCGAAUCAAACGAACAACCUUUUUGAUUCCAAAAAUAAUUCCACAUCGGAAACGUCAAAUAUGAACCUAUCCUCCUCCAGCGGUAACAACCGCAUCUUUGGUUUCGAGAAAAGUGCACAAGGCACGUCCCUCUUUGCAAAUGCCGCAGGGAACGCUGGGAACGCUGGGAACGCGGGAAACGCGGGGAAGAACCAAAGUAAAGGUCUCUUUCCCUUUGGCAAUAAUAGUCAACAAGUUGGGAACCCGGACAAGGACAAACUGGAGUUGGGUUCCUCGUCCGCGGGUACCUCGGUUAGCAGCAUUGGAGGGGUUAGCGGUACGAGCGGUACCAACACCCUUGGCGGGGGUAGCUGUUUGGGCGGUACCAACACCCUUGGCGGGGGUAGCUGUUUGGGCGGUACCAACACCCUUGGCGGGGGUAGCGGUUUGGGCGGUACCAAUACCCUUGGCGGGGGUAGCGGUUUGGGCGCCUUUGGGGGAUUCGGACAGGGAAGCGGCGCAAGCGGUGGGAACCUCCUGAACAGCAGCGCAGGCGUGUCGUUGAAGCCGAAUUCCGUUUUUCAGGGCACCCUGGGUGCGCAGAAGGAGGGAUUUUUUGGGAGCGCCAAGCCGAACGAGAAUAUUUUCGGCACGAGCGGUGCGAGCGCGACCUCCGGCCAGACCAACAUUUUUGGAAUGCAGCAUAGCAGCGCCGCCAACCAUAGUCCGUUUAGCAAGGGCGCCAGCGGUGUUGGCGGUGUUGGCGGUGUUAGCGGUGUAAGCGGAAAUGUCAGCGGAACUAUUAGCGGCAACCGCGGGGGAGGCCUCGGGCUGAGUAACCCCCCCAGCGGCGCGGGCAGCUCUAUCAACUUCGGUUCCAGUCUGUCCCAAAACGCAGGCGCGAACAUGGGCAUGGGGAAUAAUAUGUCACAGAUCAACCCAAGUGGGUCACACUUUCAAUCGAUGAACACCUCCACAGGUGCAAACAAUUUGGCGAAUCUAUUUAACAGCGAAAGUGGAUCGAAGGAGUUAUUCAAAGAUUUGAAGCUAUCCACAGAUACAGGUCAGAAGUUUAGUGUAAAUAAAAAACCACUUUUUUCAAAGAGGGUGAAAAACAACACACUCUUAACCACGAAUAGUAAUACAAGUGAGGAAAAAAAUAUUUUCAGUUCAAAUUAUGUGAAUAAGGAUAGCUUGUUGAUUAACCAGGACAAGCCUAUGAAGGUUAUAUUUGGACAGAACAAGAGUAGCGGUGCAAUGGCUGCUUCCCCCGUAGGAGGUGCGGGUGCACCCAAUAUGGGAAGCACAAACUUGUUCGGAAGUGCUAUUAGCGGGAGUGAAAGAAGUGGGAGCGCUUCUGGACUCGGCUCAAGUGGAGGCAUAAAUGAUAAUGCUAGUAACAACCAAGAUAAGGCGAAUAACCUCAUGAACCAAAGCAGCAAUCAAAUGGGAAAUAAAAUUACCUUCAAUGCAGCAUCAUCGAGUAGCAUCGGGCAGAGCAGUAAUACCACCACCUUUGGGAAAAGCACCAGCAAUAGUCUGUUCGGAAGCAACAGCAGUAAUUUAUUUCAGAGCAGCACGAAUAAUCUCUUCGGAAAUAAUCAGACAAGUGGAAGUACAAACAAUAAUAAUAAUCCCUUUGGAUGGAACCCCGUAUUCACCUCCCCUGAUGGGACAAAAAAUGAUCCUCAUAAUAACAACCCCGGUUUGAGUAUUCCCGUGAAGAAAUUAACACUAGAGGAGAGGAAGAAGAAAACAGCCAAAAGUAAUAUGCUCUCUUUAUUUUCGAAUAAUAAAAUGGGGGCCACUGAUACGAAUAAUGCGAGUGAUAAUACUUCUUUGGGUGCAUCCAUGUCGAAUGGUCUGCUUGGUAAUAAAAGUUCAAAUAGCGUCAAUCCGUUCAGUUUUAACAGCACUUCGAUGGAUAACUCCUCCAAGGGGGACACAAACACAACCUCUGGUCCUACCGCUCCUACUGAUGCGCCUAGUGGUACCUUUCUUUUUGGACAAAACAGAGGCACCGGCAGUAACAGUAUCGCACUUGGUACUCCUCAGACAACUUGGGGAGACAAAAAAGGGUCAAUCUUCGGCUUCGCUACGUCUGCCUCGAAUACAGGGAGUGGUACCGUCGCGGAUGCUGCGAACAAGGAGGGAAAUGGAGACAACUCCUCAUCCACGACCGCAGCGAAUACCAGUAGCGGUAAUAACAACCUCAAUGAGAAAAGCAGCUUUCAGGUAGGCAUGAAAAGCAGUUUAUUUCCAUUCGCCGUAAAUAAGGCGGGUGAAAAUAACAGCGCAGAAACGGAUAAGGAAAAACCCCAAAGUGGCUUAUUCGGUUUUGGAACCCUAAAUGUAAAGGGCGAGCAGAAGGGAGAGCAGAAAGGAGAGCAAACGGGAGAGCAGAAGGGAGAACAAAAGGAGGAGUCAAAAGGAGGAGAUAAAGAUGACCUGUCGGAGAAGGACAAAGGAGGUGAAGAAAAAUUGUCAAGGAAAAAUGAAAAAGAAAAUUUUCAAGUUUUUGGCAGUUCAUUUUUAUCCAACCUAAAUGGGCAAAAUAAAGAUGCGAAUGUUAAAGAAGUCGAUUCCGUUCCUUCCCCUUUCGGAUUUGGAAACACAAAAAUGGAAGAAAAUAAAACGAACUCCUCUCCCUUUAUGUUCCCAUCGAAUAAAGAAAACAGGACUUCGACUCCCAUUUUUGGCCUUCCCAGCAAAACGUCGUCUUUUAACGAAUUGCAGACCAGUGAAGAGAAAAAGAAAACGUCCAUUUUUUCCUUCAGUGGGGAGAGUAAGCAGACGGAUGUUGCUGCCGCGCAGUCGGAGAGCUCCGCCGUGUUUAAGUUUAGCUCCACGGGGGUUGGCACGGACGGGAACGCGCUUGGUGCAAUGGGAAGCGGCUCAAUAGGAAGCGGCGUAAUGGGAAGCGGCGUAAUGGGAAGCGGCGUAAUGGGCAACACCGCAAUUGGCAACACCGCAAUUGGCAACACCGCAAACAUUAGCGAUCACAUAAACUACGACGACGUGAAGAACAGGAAGAGGAGGAGGAACGUGGACUUGGACGACCAGGACGAUGCGAGUGGAGUGGCCAAAUCAAAGGGAAGAGAUUCCACAGAUGAGAUAAAUCAUUGGGGAGGUGACAACUCGAGGAGGAAAGGACUUAGUGGAAACUAUUGGGGUGAUGAAAAAAACGAUGAAUUAAACAGCGACAGCUUGUUCUUCAAAAAAAGCAAAUUGGGAAGCGCUCUAAAUGACACCAAAAAUAUUUUAAACACAUUAAAAUUUGACAACAUUCCAAGUAAGGAUAUUCUAAGUGCAAGUGCGUCGCAUAACAAAACGAGUAUAAGUGCCCGAGAGAACAACUUAAUUGAGAGAGGGGUCUUGAAUGCCAAUGCUUCAUUAUGGGAUAGCAAAGAGGUGGGGGGCAGUCCGACAAAGGAUAAAACUGGGAGUGCUAUCCAUGGAAGUGGGAUUUUCUCCCCCACAGGAGAUACCACCAAAUUGGGACUUCGAAAUACGCUCAGUAAUCAGCUAACAGCAGAGACAAACAACACGAGUAGUGAACCUGCACAUUUUAAACAACAGAGUGCACAGAAUCAUGGUACCAUGGAUGAAUCAAAUCUGCCAUUUGCUACUCGUGAGGGGAACAGCUUGUUAAAUGACCAAAUGAAGAGAAUAGAAAAACAGAAGGAAGAAGAACUGAACAGUUUGGAAAGGUUAAAAAUGAAUAACUACCUAAUGCAUGAGAAGGACGAAAAAAAUGAUAAUAACGAUAGAAACAGUGACAUGGAUCAUGAUGGAAAGAUAAUGAAAAAUGCGAAGAAAGACCACAUGGUGACAGAUAAAAAAAGCGUAAAUCGAAUUGUAGCAUAUAAUAAAAAAAUAUCAUUCGAUGAUAUAGAAGUAGAUUUAGACAAAGAUAUCAUAGACCUGAAUGACUUGAGACAGAACUUAUUUUUAUGUGUUCUAAAUUUCCAUCUCAACUACUGGGCAGAAAAAGUUAUCCUAUUCUAUCCACACAAUGAAAAAAUUAAUAAAUUUUGUAACCGCAUUAUGAAAAUAAAGAACGAAUUUGAUGAAACUUACAACUUUAACUUAUUUGAAGAAAUUCACGUUUUAUCGAAAAAAAUGUUGAAGAGAUUAGACCGUAACUGCUGCAUAUACGAAAGUGUGUUAUUCCUUUCGGCUGAAAAUUUAUACGUCCUAAAGAAUGCCAAGCUGUCUUUGUUUGAAGCCUUCAAUAUAUAUCACUUUUGGUUUCAAAGAAACAGCCUUGAUGUGAAAAAAAAUUUCCAAAAUUUUAUGUACACUAAUAAAAUUUAUCCCUCUUACCUUAACUACUACAUGAAUCUUUAUAAGAAUCACAAGUCGUUUAAUUAUAAGUACACUCAAGGGGGUGGCAAGAAGAAGAAGAAGCAGGGGGAUCAGGAGAGGGAAAACGAGAGCAAUUCGAUUGAUCAGGAGAGGGGCAGUGCGAGCAAUGCGACGGACCAGGAGAGGGACAGUGCGAGCAAUGCGACGGACCAGGAGAGGGACAGCGCGAGCAAUGCGACGGACCAGGAGAGGGACAGUGCGAGCAAUGCGACGGACCAGGAGGAGCCGAACGGUAGUGCCGACUCGUCGGGCAGCUCGGGCCGCCACCGGGGCGGGGACUCGUGUAGCCAGGGGGAGGCGGACAGCGAAGGAAGCGACGUAGGAAGUGACGUAGGAAGUGAGCGCAGGAGAGGGCGCGGGAGAGAGCGCGGGAGAGAGAGCGGAAGUAGUAGUCCCCGAAGUAGUAGUCCCCGAAGUGGUAGCCCCCGAAGUGGUAGCCCCCGAAGUAGUCGUGGGAUCAACCCCCGAAGCGAUCGUGAGAGGCGCGCGAAAAGGAGGGGCAGGGCCAGAAAGAGAAGCACCGAGCGAAAGGAGAACAGCCUGAUAGAGAUCCUCAACUCGAACAGCAGCGACGUGUCGGACGUAAUGGAUAACAGCAACAAAGAAGAACCCCUCAAUGUACACAUCAAGGAAAAGUAUCUCUAUCUGUCCAAGGGAAAGGCCAGAAAAAACAAACUAUUCCUCCCCUCGCACAUAAGGGUUAAAAAACUGAGUGCAUGCGAGUGCAUACUAUUGGAACUUAUUCUCAAAAGAGACAUACUGAACGUUUUAAAAAAAUACAAAAUUUUUAAAACAGAAAAAUAUGAAUACCUCUAUGUUAACCUCAUAGCAAUGUUGAAGCAUUAUAAUUAUUUCUCCCUUGAGAAGGAGAAUGAAAUAAGUAAAAGUUCAACCUCCACUAGUGCAACGGUGAGUGGAGGCACGGGUGUUGGUGAAGCCGCUGGUGGUACAUCUCUCUCCGAUUUGGGACAAAACAAAACGAAUAGCCAUUUGAAAAAGCUAACCAAUCAUUUGCGCACAAAUUGCAUGAAUACAAAAAAUGAUAAAAUUAAUAUCCUCAAAAAAAUAUGUGAUAGAAAUUUACUGUACUAUAUAAACAUGCAGUUAAAAAAUAUAACCCAUUUGAUUAGCUUCAACGAAAUGGAAAUCGCUUGUGUAUAUUUGAAUCAUAUCAAAAAUAAUUUGUAUGUCAUGUUUCAGAUGCCUAUUCUCCUGUACAAUACUCUCUUUGACAGAAUCAUCACCUCCUACAAUGACUAUAUCGUAAUGGAAAAUUUUUUCAAUAACUCAUGUUUGUAUAAUGACUUUCGAUAUGAAAAUAUUUUUAAAACGAAGGUUGCCUAUAUGCUUAUGAAGAAAUUUUUUCAGGCAGAUGACACAGAGAAUUGUAUUCGAUUUGCUCUUUACUUUGAGAAUAUACGAACCAAGGCACCUCGAAAUAACAUAUACAAUGACUAUAUUUUUCACAAAAAUUUGGUGAGUGCCUAUAUCAAGGUGCAUGAAGACAUCGUACCGGAGGAAUGGAUCCAGGCGCAGACUUCCAACAAUAGUGAACUCAGUGAUCUGCAUGACUCGGAGUAUCUCGACUACUACUCCUUCUUCUUUAAGGACAUCUCCAAGUAUAUAAAGUUUCACAUAAUGCAGAAGAUUGUCUCGGGUAAUAUAUUCAGCCUGCGCAGGAGGGACUACACGAACGCGGAGGAGGGCCGCGCCGUUGUGGGAAGCGGUGUGGCUGGUGGUAUGACUAGCGGUGUGGAUGGCGGCAUGGCUAGUGGAGUGACCAGCGGUGUGACCAGCGGAGUGGCAGGUGGAGAGACAGGUGAAGUGACCAGCGGAGCGAAUGCCCCCACGGGGGAAACUACCGCCACCGCCACCGCCAACCCCCCCAGUAGCUGCGAGGACAACUUCGCGUGCUACUUCGUAUACAUGGUGAACCGUUCCAUCCUGGAUGACCUCGUAAACUUAUACGCGUCCAAGGGAGAGUACUUCUACAAGAGAAUCUCAGCCACACUGAUCAACAACUCAUUUGUAAAGGAAUACGAGAAGACACACAACAAACAUUUCCACAUGCACGUACAGGUAGCCAACAUAAACCAUUUCAUGAAAACGAAUUUUUUUGAAUACAUAAAUUUUUUCAAAAAAAAAGAACUGUAUCACAUCGAUAAGACAAAAAAUGAAGAUGAAAUUAUGCAGAACCUAGUUAACGUUAUAAAAGGAAAUGGAAAAAAAAUUCUUGUAGUGAUUAAUAUGCUCGUCGAAAUUAUCACGAAAAUGGAAAAAAAAAUUUUGAAAAAUGUAAAUAUAUUUAUUACUAUAAAUUUGAGGAACUUAAUCAUUGACACCUUUUACCUCUUCAAAUACAUUUUCAAUAAUAAAGAAUUUUCGCUCCACUUGGUGGAGGACAUGUACAGAAAUGCCGUCAUUUUUAACGACCUCAUUAACUCCACCUUUUCGGAUGACGUACACUACUACCCCAGGGAACAAAUAAAGGAACUUUACACAUACAUCCGCCACAAAUUUACCAACCAGAAUUUGAUCGCCUGA